GGAAAGCUAUAGAAAUGCUGAUUUUCCACCAUGGUACAGAGUCCCUCUUGGAAUCUGAGAGCGAUCAGGAAAGUGCAGAGACUGACUUAUUUGACGAAUUCGAAUAUGAGGAAGAAAAAGUAGACAAAAGAGAUGGUUACUAUACUAGCGACGUGCUUUCGGACGAAGAACUAUACGAGAAUCCUUGGAAAGAAAUGGAAAGUCCAGCAAUAUACCUCACUAAUGUGGAAGAGAUCCCUACGCUAGAAGGGGAAAAAGAACCUGAACUAACCUCAAAGAAACAAAUCGAAAGUCUAAUAGAGAAAAAUACUGAGCUCGGAGAAGAGGAUAAGGAAACCCAACCCGAGAUGGUGCAAGUCGUAACCCAACCCUUAGGAGACCAAAUGAACGUACAAGGACAAAUGCAUAGCAUAUAUCGACACUUACGUUGGCUACAACGUACACAACAACGUAUCCAGUCUUUGGUAUAUGCCUACUAUCUCGGAAUGCUGCUUACUCAACAAGAAAGAGUUUCCUUUGUUUCGAAACACUACUACGUCACGUCAACUCGCAUAUAUGCCCUAUUCAGCGGAUAUGGUGUUGCACAAAUUUAUCGUACUACUUACCUUAAUCUUAACGUGAUCCGACAACUAAAAAAGGAAGAGUUUCGUAGGUUAGUGAUUGGCUAG